ACAUCAAAGCGUUAACAUUGGAUGUAAAUGUUUGAACUAAAACCUGGAGACACUGCCUUCAAAGGAGAGUCUUAAAUGUCUUAACUUUCUCAUGCUGAGCCUCGCAUGUGUGUGUGUGAGAGAGAAACUGAAUUAAUGCGUUUGAUGUCUAUGAGAGAAUUAAUGGGAUUUAGAGAAAGUUGGUGUGUGUGUGUGUGUACAGGAGGUUAGCCGACGUACCUCCUCCUCCUCAAAAGAGCUGUGUACAAAUACCGGAUAAAUCCUUGCUCUUCAAACAAAGUGUACAUCGGUGGGUGAUUUGCUGCAAACUUCUGGCUUGUGGGGACAACUAGGAGGACACCCUGGUGUUUGUUGCUCUGGUAGACAACAGAUAAAAAAAGCUCUUUAUGAGUCAUUUUCCAUGUUAAGGAGCCAUUAAUUUUGACAGAUCAGGUCCACAGUUAAUGAUUUAUUCCAGUCACACUGAUGCUUGUAAUGAUAGGUGUUUAAACGCUCCAUUGGGCUUCUUUUAACUGCUGCUGACGUGAAUACAUAGCUACAAAGCAAGGUGGGGUUCACGGUAAAUGUUUGCGGUAAUGCUGCUCAAAGUGUACGAGUGUGUAUGUGUGUGUGUGUGUCAUGUCCAGGCAUGUCCCUCCUCUGUCUCUCCUCCCCUCCUAAUGUGUAUGAAGUCCCAUCCUUCCUUCUAAUCUCCCAUUUCCUGUUGAGUGCUGGUGUGGAACUGGUGUUUAGACACACUCCUGCAAAAACAAGGCCGAGACAGAGAGAGAAGGAGCUCAUUGAUAGUGAUCGUUGGGGCUCUGAACGGGGGGUGGUAGUGGGAGGGGGGGGUUGGAUAUUCAGCUUGACAAGGACCAGAGCUGCUGUCUUCUUUGCCCAGUAGGUCACAUCCUUUUUAACUGGAGGAGGGAUACUGGGAGGCCCUCCAGCUACUGACACAUUCACACACUCUCUCGCACAUACACAAGGCGUAUGGGAAACUUGUGCUGUGUGCCGGUGGUUGACACAAGGUCAGAAAAUUUAAGCUCCAUCAGUGCGCUGAGUGAGAGAGUCCAGCUGGUGGAAGACUGGAAGUCCUCUUUCAGGGAUCAGAUUCCCGUCUGAACCGAGGAGAUCAACGCCAGCUUUCCUCCAGCACUUUGAUUAACCUGGAGCUCACUGAGCAGGACGGUGGGGGGGGGGGGGAUGUUAACACAGAGUCUGGACAUGCAGUGAUCAUCCUCUCUUUUUUGCGUAACAUCGAGUGUUACAAGGUACCGCUCCGGCCUGGAUAUCGGAGGAAAUCCCCUUAUGGAACGCGGUGUAUAUGUGUGAUCUGCUGAGGAUCAGUUUGCGUUCAGCGGAUCAGGGUUUAAUACGGGUCCCGGGGGGUAAGUGGGGACAGUUGGACAUGUUGGUGAUGCUGGUGAUGGAGGACGGACAGCUCCACAGUCCCUGCCCCCCUCAGGUAUGACCCUGACCCUGACCCCCUCCUGGAGCUCUCUGGACAGGGGUACGGCUGACUGGUUCGGGGUGAGCAAAGACAGCGACAGCACCCAGCGAUGGAGGAGGAAGAGCCUGCAGCACUGCAGCCAUCUGUACGGGGGUCUAAAGCCGCAGGUGAUGAGGGAGAUGGAGCUCCACAGCCAGGACAACCUCUCUCUGGCCAGCACUGAGACCCCUCCUCCCCUCUACCUCCCAUCCCACCACCCCAGCCACCACUAUGGCAUGCAGAGGAUCGUAGACCCCCUGGCCCGGGGUCGCGCCUUCCGCAUGGUGGAAGAGGUAGACGGCUUCAGUGUCCCGCAAACUCCCAUCACGCCCGGCACCGCCUCCCUGUGCUCCUUUUCCAGCUCCCGCUCCGCCCUCAACCGGUUGCCACGACGACGCAAGCGGGAGUCUGUCGCAAUCAUGAGUCUUAAGGCCGCGGCGGCCCUAAUGAAGGGCCGGACGUUAGGCGACAGCACCGCCGGGCGAUGUCGCAGACGGAGCUUCAUGCCCCCUAGUUUCUAUGAAGAAGACACCGUGGACUUCCCUGAUGAUUUGGACACUUCCUUCUUCACCAGAGACGGCCUGCAUGACGAGUUGUCCAGCUAUGCCGACGAAGUCUUCGAGACGCCGUCGGAGGCCGACCUCAAACACCUGGAUGAGAGCGAUCUCACAGGGAGCGCUCUGGAUAAGAACGAACUGGAGAGGAGUCACCUCAUGCUGCCUUUAGAGCGAGGAUGGCGGAAGGCAAAAGAUGGCUCUCUGGUCCAACCUAAGGUGCGUCUGAAACAGGAAGUGGUGAGCGUCAACAGCCAUCAGCAGCGGGGACAACGGAUCGUGGUUCCUGUUAAGAAGCUGUUUGCCAGAGAGAAGAGGCCGUACGGGCUCGGCAUGGUCGGCCGUCUCACAAACCGGACGUACCGCAAGCGCAUUGACAGCUUCGUCAAAAGGCAGAUUGAGGACAUGGACGAUCACAGGCCUUUUUUUACCUACUGGAUCACAUGUGUCCAUUUGCUCGUCACCAUUCUGGCUCUCACCAUCUACGGCAUUGCCCCUGUGGGCUUCACACAGCAUGAAACGGUCGACUCUGUGUUGAGGAACAAGGGAGUUUAUGAAAACGUUAAGUUUGUGCAACAACAAAACUUCUGGGUGGGUCCGAGCUCAGAGGCGCUGAUCCACCUGGGAGCCAAGUUUUCCCCGUGCAUGCGACAAGACCAAGAGAUCCACAAACUGAUCCAGGAGAAGAGAGCGAGAGAGAGAGAGUCCGGCUGCUGCGUGAGGAACGAUCGCUCCGGCUGCCUGCAGAAUUUACAAGAGGAGUGUUCGAGCACCCUGGCAGUGUGGGUGAAGUGGCCUCAGCACCCCAGUGCUCCCUAUCUGAAUGGUACACUACGCCAACAUGGUGCAGUCUGCCAUCAGGACCCCAGAAUUUGUCUGGAGCCAGCCUCGGUUUCGCCUCACGAGUGGCCUGAUGACAUCACCAAGUGGCCAGUUUGUACGCGAUACAACUCUGGGAAUCACACCAACCUCCCCCACAUAGACUGCACCAUCACAGGCCGGCCCUGCUGCAUCGGAACCAAAGGACGAUGUGAAAUCACUUCCAGAGAGUACUGUGACUUCAUGCACGGCUACUUCCACGAGGAGGCUACUCUCUGCUCACAGGUGGACUGCAUGGAUGACGUGUGUGGUUUGCUACCUUUCCUCAACCCGCAGAUCCCAGACCAGUUCUCCCGACUCUGGCUGUCUCUCUUUCUUCAUGCUGGGAUCCUGCACUGCCUGGUGUCGGUGUUUUUCCAGAUGACGGUGCUGAGGGACAUAGAGAAGCUGGCUGGCUGGCUGAGGAUCUCCAUCGUCUACAUGCUCAGCGGCAUCACUGGCAACUUGGCCUCAGCCAUCUUCCUGCCCUACAGAGCGGAGGUGGGUCCUGCAGGCAGCCAGUUCGGCAUCCUGGCCUGUCUGUUUGUGGAGCUGUUUCAAAGCUGGCAGAUCCUCGAGCGACCGUGGCGGGCUUUUGCCAAGCUGCUGGCCAUCUCGGUUUUCUUCUUCUCCUUCGGUUUGCUCCCGUGGAUCGACAACUUUGCCCACGUCUGCGGUUUCGUGUCUGGAUUUUUCCUGUCCUUCGCCUUCCUGCCGUACAUCAGCUUUGGGCAAUCCGACAUGUACCGGAAGCGAGUCCAGAUCUGCGUAUUCCUGCUGGUUUUCCUGGGUCUGCUCUCGGCCCUGGCGGUCCUCUUCUACGUCUACCCCGUGAAGUGUGACUGGUGCGAGUACCUCACCUGCAUCCCCAUCAUGGACAAGUUCUGCGAGAAGUACGACCUCAACGCACACCUCCUCUAACGUUGAAAGUUGGAUACGGAGCUGCGGUGCAACUUGUGACAUUCCUCCUGGAAUAAUAACCAGUAUUUCGGGAUACCAUGUGGAUAUCUGUGUGUUCACUGUUUGGAAAAGGUGCAACAGCCCCAUUAUGAAUAAAGGCCAUGCAUGAAAGCCUUCAGGCACUUAAAUAAAAGUAUUCACACGCAUGGGAGCAAAACUAACAAUGUAAAGUUGACUGAAAAGGACUAAUUAUGUGUCAUUGAUCUCUAGCUGGGCUAAUCAAUGACCAGUCACACUGGAGGAGAGUUACAAAGACAACUGUGUCCUGCCAAAUGAUGUACCUCUCUCCUGUGGUAUAAAUGGACUGAACAGCACCGCUUAGUGGCCAAAACGGAACAGUACAACCUGAAACAGCUGCAAUAUGUGAGCGGAGGAUUUUGUACUUUUUUACUGACUGAUGUCCAACAACAGUUCUGUCCGUUUACUGGAUGUGUUAAAAACUCGCCAAGAAAUGAGACUCUAAAAUGUGCCUUAUUGACACAAAACCACACACACACACACACACACACACACACACAUGAUGUGUUUUCGUGCCAUGGAUCAGUUUGUGUCAGACGUUUUGGGUCCUGUUCUUCAACCUCUGUAGAAACUGCAUCACACGGUCUGACAAACUCAUGUAAAAUGUGUUUUUACUUCAGUAUUUGGUGGCUGAACUGCCGCCCUUUUUUUUUUAAUCACACUGGAAACCGUAGUUUCCGCCACAGCCUUUAAUCACAAAUGAAUUGUUUGUUUUUAUACAUCUGUAAAGAACACACUUGUAUGUUAAUCUGCUCCAUUGUGAAUAGCUGUUACUGAGGUGAAAUAGUGUUUUUAUUCAGUGUGGUGGCGUUUUAGCUACCUUUCAAUAAACCCAACAUCACAC